CCGGGUGCAAGGACUCCUGAGGGCGGGCAAGAGGCAAGCCGACCAGCAACUGGUCGACCGGAUGUUCGGGAGAGCGGUACAGAAAGGCCGUUUUCUACUUCGGACAGCAGAGAAUUGUGUGCUCAAUGUGAGGCCAGAUCCAGUGAACCGGCAUUGGGUUGACUUGGCCAGAUUGUCAGACAAACGACAGACACCGAGACGAUGGAUUGGAGAGACAAAGGUUGAAGAGCCCCAGUGA